GUGUAUGCCAGAUGAUCAAGUGAUUACAUUGGUCCAGUUGAUUCCCAUGCCAUAAAAGCUACAAGUCUAAAAUAUCUUCAAAGCAACCCAUAACUAUGGACAAAUAUGAGAUUGUGAAAAGGCUUGGUGUGGGUGCACAUGGAGCUGUCUACCUUGUGAAGCAAACAACCACAAAAAAGUCAGUUGAAAUGUUGUCUUUCUGUCUAAUGGAAUGACUGAACUGUUAGUUUUGAUUAGGUUUGUCUGUCUGUCUAAUGGAAUUACUAAAAUAUUCAUGUAUGUCUGUUCUGGCUCAAUAAGCCUUGAAAUUAUUUAAUUUUUAGAAUGAAAAAUUGAAUAAUUUACUUUUUUAAAUUGUUAUGUACAGAUUAUUAGCCAUGAAAAAAAUUGAAGUUGAUGAGCGUAAAAAGACAAGAACUAAAGAAGCUGUACUGAAAGAAGCAAGGUAAAUGUUGAGGACUAAACUAAAAUUGUUAUCAUCCUAAAAAACAACAAUUAUCCUUUUUUUUCUCUUGAAGCUAACAAUUUCAAGUUUAAUUUUUUUCUCAAAAAUUUAUGAAAUGUAUGUACACGAUUAAAAUUAUGAUUUUGACCAUUUGUGUUUUACCAUAGCCAGCUAUAGAUAGUACCCGUAAGUCUUAAAAAACUGUGUGGAGUAUCUCUAUUAUUCCAAACAUAAAGAUCGUCAUUUUUAACAAAUUGUUCUUUAAAAAAAUUAUUUAUUUUCAUGUUAGGUUAUAUUUGUUUACUAUAAGUUACUUAUCUUUGACAGCAUACUAUCCCAGCUACGACACCCUCACAUCAUUUUGUUCCAUGAAUCAUUCUUUGACCCAGCUGAAGAUUAUGUUUGUAUGAUUCUGGUAAAUAAUUGUAAUCUUUAAUACCAGGUGUUCAUAAAAUAUUUGUAAAAAUGUUUGAAAAACAACUCAUCAAUAUUGAAAAUUUAUUCUGUUAUAUAUUUUUUUUCCUAAAGAGCAAAAGCUUCUGAUCCAUUUGUUGUUAUUUUAGGAUUACUGUGAUGGGGGAAACCUAUCAGAAAGAAUUCAGGAUGCAGCUCAGGUAAAUAGCCCACAAAGUCAUUUUUCACACUUUUAAGAGAAAAAAACAUUGUCUGUUUUUUUAACCUUGUUAAUUAAUCAGCUUUUUGAAUUUAGUUGAACAAAGUUAUUAUUCUUGAAAACUAUUUAUAUUUUGUUUCAACACUCAGAUUAUUUAUUAAACUGCUUUCCUAACUUAUCACAUAGUCAGGAUCUCCUAACUUAUCACAUAGACAGGGUGUCCAGGAUCGCUGAUCUUUAUUUUUAAAAAGAAAGUGAUUGAAAAACCAUUUAAUUUAUAUAUUUAGAUCAACUUUUAUUUAAGAUUUUGUUUUCUUCCUUUUGAAUCUAACUUAUUUUUCCCCAGAAUGAUCAGUCCUUUUCAGAAAAACAAAUAAUGCAGGUAGGAAUAAAAUAAAUAGUAUCUAAACUUUAGUUAUAAUAAUUGUUGUCCAAUGCAAUUAAAAUAUGACCUUGUGUAAACAAGAAAAAAAUCUGUAGUCAGUUAGAUGGAAUCCAUAGUGUUCUUAUUUCACCGGAUUUCUUCUUUUGCUGUCUAGUUUGAUUUCACAGGAUCCCCUCUUUUGCUGUCUGGUUUGAUUUCACAGAAUCCCAUCUUUUGCUGCCUGGUUUGAUUUCACAGGAUUCCCUCUUUUGCUGUCUGGUUUGAUUUCACAAGAUCCCCUCUUUUGUUGUCUGGUUUGAUUUCACAGGAUCCCCUCUUUUGCUGUCGCAUUUGAUUUCACAGGAUCCCCUCUUUUGCUGUCUUGUUUGAUUUCACAAGAUCCCCCCUUUUGUUGUCUGGUUUGAUUUCACAGGAUCCCCUCUUUUGCUGUCUUGUUUGAUUUCACAGGAAUACUUGUAGAAAUAAUAAAAAACUUACGGGACAACCAUAGUGCAUAAAAUGUUUACGUUCAGCACCAGCCACUACAAAGGUUUUCACUUCAGUUUUGUUGUAGGAUUGUUUCCCUUAGCCCUUGACAUUUCUUGUCAAUCUCCAGGCAGCUAAUCUGUUUCUUUCACUUAUAUGUCAUUGCUCAGAAUGAAACCUGUAAGUGUUGUUUUCUUUCAACAAUAUUUUAAUGCAUGGUUUCACUUGUCUGGACCAAUCCAUUUUCUUAAUGUCCUUUUCAUUAUUGUCAUUAGGACAAGGACAAAGUCUUCAGUAAUGAAGUCCCCCAUUGAUUUUAAAACAUUCAAAUUUUUUGCCCCAGAAUUUCUACACCCUAAAAUGUAAAAUGUAUAAUUUAUGAAAUUUUGUUCCAUUAUUGCAGUGGUUCAUUCAGAUAGUUAUGGCUGUCCAGUAUAUCCACUCUAAGCAUAUCCUUCACAGGUAAGCUACUUCAUAUAGAUAGUUGUGGCUGUACAGUAUAUCUACUCUAAGCAUAUCUUUCAUAGGUAAGCUACUUCACAUAGUUUGAUAUAUUAUGAAAUAGAGUUCUGUGUUUAGCAAUUCAGGGAAUAAAUCUUAAAAGAAUGCUUAAAUAUAUUCCAUUGCCAACAUACAUUGUGAUGUUCAUUCCGAUUUCUGACCUUUUCCUUCAGAGACCUUAAGACUGAAAAUGUUUUUUUAAACAAGAGAAACGUCAUUAAAGUGGGUAAGUGUGUCAACAGAUUUAAUUCUCUUGUUAAGAUUUUUUAAGUAAUCAAUAUGUUAACUGAACAUCUCAGCACCCAACAAAACACAUUUUAUAUAUAUAUAUUAGCCCGCCCAACAAUUUGGAAUGCCCUUCCAGUCCUCUCAGAAACAGCCAGACACUGGAGCCCUUUAAAACCGAUUUAAAAACAAAUAUAUUUCGCAAACACCUUCUGGGGUGACGCUAUCUACCAUCUUUUUUUCAGUUAAUUUAGUUUGAGUUGUGUUGCUUAUGGUUGAAAUGGGAUGAAAGACUUUGACUUAGUAUGCUGGUAUGUUGAUUUAUAUAGUUGCGUCUGUUUUUUAAAUGUAGCAAAUUUUAGAUUGUUUUUUAUUUCUCUUUUUAAUAUGGUUGACUUUGUACAGCGCUUCGAGCUUUUGGGAAUGAAGCAUGUUUUUAUAAUAAACUUGGUGGCCGAGUGGUCUAAACUGAUCCAAUCUCAAAUUCAUGGUCUGGAGUUCAAAGUCCAAUCAAGCAAAAACAGCAGCAGCACCCCGGGUCGAUGGGAAGCACCCCAGGUGGAUGGGACUCAUUAUCCUUGGAUGGCAACUCAUCUAAAAGAAGAAAACUCUAAAUUCAAACCGUCCCGCAGGCGGAUAACAUUUGCACAAUGAAAAAUUCCGACACUCCCACAACAUCACUGAUGCCAUUCUGCAUCAUCCACAUGUUCCCUUGCGCUAUCCAGCGGCAUGGAUCAGCUUAUAAUGUUAAUGUUUAAUCCCAGGCUUUGUGGAUUUCGUCCUGCGAAGUAUACACCAUCGUCACAUUAUGAUGGACAGAUGCCAGCAAUAUAUACAUGUAGAAACAUAUAUAUAUAUAUAUAUAUAUAUAUAAUAUAUAUAUAAAAUAAAUAUAUAUAAAUAAAAACACUCUCAUUCUCUCUCUUACACUGCAUAUUUCCUUGGGAAAUGAAUGAAUAUGUAUUCCAAUGAUUGGUUUUACCAUUCCUAGUUUUUCAUUUGUUGUGUUCCUAAUGUUAACUGAAUUCACUUUAUAUUUCAGUGGUCAGGUCCAUCUGGCUGGUCAUUGCUUUCAUCUAUAUUUUCCACCUGGCUGGUCAUUGCUUUCAUCUAUAUUAUCCACCUGGCUGGUCAUUGCUUUCAUCUAUAUUAUCCACCUGGCUGGUCAUUGCUUUCAUCUAUAUUGUCCACCUUGCUGGUCAUUGCUUUCAUCUAUAUUAUCCACCUGGCUGGUCAUUGCUUUUACCUGUAUCCUAUACUUUCAGGUGAUUUUGGUAUUUCUAAAAUUCUUGACAACACAAUUGAUGUGGCUAAAACUGUUGUUGGAACACCAUCCUACCUGAGCCCAGAGCUGUGUCAGGACAUCCCCUAUAACUCAAAAUCAGAUAUCUGGGUAUGUUAGACAUCUAGCUCAUAAAUCUAGAUUUGGGAUAUUUCAAACAUGUGACAACGUUAAAAAGACCUGUCUCUGAAAUUAUUUGGUCUUGAACAUUUUAUUUUUGAAUUUGUCGAGGGUAUUUUAAGAUAGUGUGCAUGCCAGUGUACCAGGUUGACUUUUCUGUUCUGCUUUCUGUCUGUUUUAAGAUUGUUCUAACAAUAAAAGAAUUCAGGCCAACCGUGCAGUAUAUUAACAAAUGAUUGUCACACUAACUGCAUUCCUUGAACAUUUCCUGUAUUUACUUAAUUCUUAACUAAAUAGUAAAAAAAAGUUUUUAAAAAUAUUACCAUAUAUAACUAAUAGAAGUCAUAGAUGCUGGCAAUGUAAUGAUGUUUAUGCUGGCAAUGUAAUGAUGUUUAUGCUGGCAAUGUAAUGGUGUUGUAUUGUAAAAGUUGUUGACUUAUAUUACCAGGCUGUAGGAUGCCUCCUGUAUGAAAUGUCUGCAUUACGUCCCCCAUUUGAUGGCCAGAGUCUCAUUAGCUUGUUUGUUAACAUCAUUAAAGCUGGUUACAGGGUAAGAAAAUCUUUACAGGGCCCACUGAACAUAAAAUCCAUUUUUAGACUGAUGUCAAUAUGAUGGUACUAAAUUACAUUAUUAUUCUAUAUAUACAUGAACACUUGAGAUAAAUCAAAAGCUCUAACUUAAUUUUGGUAUUUGUAUUUGUCAAUCAAAGUGAAGAUAAACAAAGAAAGAAUUGUCAAAGAAAAAUGUAUAAACCAAUUGCUGGAAAUGGAUAAAAUGCUUUUAUUGAUCCAAAGAAAUGGACAUUUGUUUUCAUUGCAUUGCACAAAUUGUUUUCAUUGCAUUGCACAAAUUGUUUUCAUUGCAUUGCACAAAUUGUUUUCAUUGCAUUGCACAAAUUGUUUUCAUUGCAUUGCACAAAUUGUUUUCCGUCUUGAAAGUCUUGGUGAGUUUUUCAUUGUUCCUUAAAAUUGUUCUGUAGCUAGGCGUUUGAUGAACCUCUGUGUGGUCAGAGUAGCUGUUUGCUUCUACAGUGUACUUAGGCAUUUUCAACAGAGUCUGGGCUUUUUCUUCAAACUCAACUCAAUUCUUGGCUUUUUCUUCAAACUCAAUUCUUGGCUUUUUCUUCAAACUCAAUUCUGGGCUUUUUCUUCAAACUCAAUUCUUGGCUUUUUCUUCAAACUCAAUUCUUGGCUUUUUCUUCAAACUCAAUUCUUGGCUUUUUCUUCAAACUCAAUUCUUGGCUUUUUCUUCAAACUCAAUUCUUGGCUUUUUCUUCAAACUCAAUUCUGGGCUUUUUCUUCAAACUCAAUUCUGGGCUUUUUCUUCAAACUCAAUUCUGGGCUUUUUCUUCAAACUCAAUUCUUGGCUUGUUCUCCGAGAUCAGAGAUAAUCAUAAUGUCUAGACCUGACUUUUCAUUGACAUUGUUUAAUGGAUAAAAAAAAGUAUUUAAAUUUUAUUGAAAAUAAGUUGCACAUCUGUGUAAAACAUUUGUCAUUUGAUACAAUAAUUAUGGAAACUGUUGGUCAGCAUAAUGUGAGCCUCAUCAGUGGGAGCCACAGGCUUGGCAACUCCGUACUUGAUUCUAUAUUUAUCUUUAAGUAAACUAGUACAUAUUUGUUCUUAGUAAACUAAUUUACUUAUGCUCUGGGUCAACAAUAUGUUUCCUUGAUGCUCUGGGUCAACAAUAUGUUUCCUUGAUGCUCUGGGUAAACAAUAUGUUUCCUUGAUGCUCUGGGUAAACAAUAUGUUUCCUUGAUGCUCUGGGUCAACAAUAUGUUUCCUUGAUGCUCUGGGUAAACAAUAUGUUUCCUUGAUGCUCUGGGUAAACAAUAUGUUUCCUUGAUGCUCUGGGUAAACAAUAUGUUUCCUUGAUGCUCUGGGUCAACAAUAUGUUUCCUUGAUGCUCUGGGUAAACAAUAUGUUUCCUUGAUGCUCUGGGUAAACAAUAUGUUUCCUUGAUGCUCUGGGUAAACAAUAUGUUUCCUUGAUGCUCUGGGUAAACAAUAUGUUUCCUUGAUGCUCUGGGUAAACAAUAUGUUUCCUUGAUGCUCUGGGUAAACAAUAUGUUUCCUUGAUGCUCUGGGUAAACAAUAUGUUUCCUUGAUGCUCUGGGUAAACAAUAUGUUUCCUUGAUGCUCUGGGUAAACAAUAUGUUUCCUUGAUGCUCUGGGUAAACAAUAUGUUUCCUUGAUGCUCUGGGUAAACAAUAUGUUUCCUUGAUGCUCUGGGUAAACAAUAUGUUUCCUUGAUGCUCUGGGUCUUGUUAUACAAAGGAACUACGAGACCCAUUUGUUAUACAAUCCUUGAUGCUCUGGGUCAACAAUAUGUUUCCUUGAUGCUCUGGGUCAACAAUAUGUUUCCUUGAUGCUCUGGGUAAACAAUGUUUCCUUGAUGCUCUGGGUAAACAAUAUGUUUCCUUGAUGCUCUGGGUAAACAAUAUGUUUCCUUGAUGCUCUGGGUAAACAAUAUGUUUCCUUGCUUCCAGCCAUUCCCAGCUGAGACACCUACAGGUAUUCAAGACCUCGUCAGUAAAAUUUUGUUAAAAGCUCCUGAAAAUAGACCUAGGUGAGUACAAUGUCAACAAAAUUGAACUUCAUUAAGACGUAGGGUCUAGAUUUAUAGAAUAUAUUAAAUAAUGAUGUAAAUUGUAUAGUUUUUAAACUGCAGUAAAUUGUGAAGUUGGGUCUAUAGUUAUAGAAUGUAUUAGUGAUGUAAAUUGUAUAGCCUUUAAACUGUAGUAUAUUAUGAAGUAAGGUUUAGUUAUAACAUGUAUUAAUUAAUGAAGCAAGCUGUGUGAAGCUAUGUAGUUAACAGGGACGUGCACUUUAUAGUUUUUAAAAUGUAGCUAAUUAUGAAGUAGGGUGUGUAGUGAGAAGAAGGGUGUGUAGUAAUAAAAUGUUUUAAAUAUUGAAGUAGGGUGUGUAGAUAUAAAAAUGUAGUCAUGAAUUAGCAUGUUUAGAUUUAAAAUGUAGUUAAUCAUGAAUCAGGGUAGAUAUUUAUAUGUGUAAAGUAAGGACUUGCAAUUUUCCCCUUCUCUUUAGCAAAUCUUUCAUUUAUUCAACAGUGCAAGUGCAAUACUGAACCUUCCAUAUGUCAAACAGCAUUUAGCCUCAUUCAUUGCCGACACUGAGAAUAUACGUGCCUUCAGAUCAAAGAGAGAGAACUCGUUUGUCACGCCAGGGGGAGACAAUAACUCUUUA